UCCCCCCCCCCCCAGGCAAUGCCAGAUGUCAUGUUCUAUGACAACAACUGUCACCUCCACCAGUAUCUUUCAGGACAAGGACCCAUUCAAGAACAUUUCAGCAAAACUGCACUGGUGGUAGAUAUUUUCCAUUUCAAGAACCAUCACUCCACUGCUGACCAGUACUGCUCCACCCAUUGCAAUCCAAUGGCCUUCCCUCAGCUCUACAACCAACAAUCUGGCCAGUGGACUUUCAAUUCCUCUGCAUGUGAGCAAACCAAUGCAUGGUUGGGGAAUUUUGAUGGAAUAGUGCAAGAAAUGUUGCCAGUGAGAUAUGAGUUUUUCCUUGAUGAGGUUAUCAAGGCCCACAACUGCUUUCAUGUUGAGGAGCUGCUACACAAUAAUGCACUUCCCUACCUUAUGGAUAGGUCUUUGUUGUUGAAUGGACUAAAACCAGCAUGGCAUAGCAUAUCAUAG